AUGUUUGUAUCGGAACAGUUGGUGCGAAAGGUGGUGAUGGUGGCAGUGUUAUCCUGCGGUGUUCUGUUUCCUGCCGCGGCCAACAAUCAACCACUCAACGUCAAUGGUGCCCGCAGUGUCACCGAGCAGAGGCAGCGGCAGCGGGAGGAUCUGCGGCGUCUCGCCACGAUCGGUUUGCUGUUUGGUGCGAUCGAGACGGAGGCUGCCGUGGAGCGUGCUGUUGGGCGGCAGCUGCGUGACCUCCGGACCACGCAAGGAUCACCGCACCACCAGCAACAGGCUGCUCUGACCGGGCUGACGAGCGUCCUGGAGCGGGGCCGGAUCGCGCUCGAGCUGCUCAAUCACGGGCUGGAGCUCGCCGCCGCACCACCACUACCCCGGACACUGUCAUCGUCCGGUGACUAUCGGCGCGAACUACGCAAACGAUCGCAGCAGAGCGUACCGAGGACGAUCCGCUUAACGGCUCGCAGUGAUAGCAACAGCAAUGGAACCAACAUCACCACCACACCGCAGCAGACGCAGCAACCACCGAUCGAGCAACAGGUGGAGGAGCAACUGGAACAGAUGCGCAACCGGCUGGCCACACGCAUCAGGCGCACCGUGCAGCAUCUGGAGCAGCAGCAGCAGCAGCAGGGUGCCGGUGGGGGAGGGCUCGACGUUACCCGCCUCGACAUUGCGACGGUGCAGCGCCUCCUGGCGCAGAUUACCCCCCCGUCUGGUACCACCGGUGGCCACUGGCGGCGCCGCCGCUUCCAGGAUCUGCUCCAGAGUGAAGGGCUGCAGCAACACAUCGAGCGACUGUUCCGGCGACGCCAGGAUGCGGAUGGUGGCGUAGCAGCAGAAGACGAAGAGUCAUCUUCCUCCGCUUCCUCGGAAGAGCAGGACGGUGGUCCCGGUGGGCUGGUCGGGCUCAUCGCGAGCCUCAGUGGUGGGGGUGAUGAAGGGUCCGAUGUCGGUGCCCUCAUCGGCACCCUCUCCGGUCUCAUUACCAAUCUGUUCGGGCCCGGCGGACUCGACAUUCCGGGGCUGCUGGGAACCGGAACAUCGCUCAUCGCGGGACUCCUUGGGGGUGAUGACAACUUCGGCAAGGUGCUGGGCAGCUACGUCGGUAUCGCCAUCGAGGGGCUAUCCGGUGGCGGUGCGGAUAUGAACGGUGCAUUCUUUGGCAACUUCCUCGGAGCACUGCUGGCCGCCCUCAGCUCGGAUCCCGAAGAUGAGAGUUUGCCGCUGCGGCCGAAGCUGUUCGUCGAGAACUUCUUUAGCGGGCUGCAGGAGGCAAAGCGCAAGGAUGAUCCGCAGGAAGGCGGCGACCAGGGGCAACACCCGGGCGGUUCCGGUUCCGGUUCCGAUCUGUUUGGCUUCAUCACGCACGUCGUCUCGUCGGUCGUCGGUGGCAUCACCAGCCUGGUGCUGAAUGCGUCCCUCGGUUCUUCGGGCGGCUCGUCGCAAGGUUCCGUCGAUGCAUCCGGUGCCUCGACGUCCGGUUCGUCCGGUGGCCACCGUUAG